CAUGCGCAAUACAUACACGCCACGGUUGGGCUUCACGUGCGUAUAAGGAGCUAACGUGUAAGGGUAAAGAACUAACUGAUUGCAUUGAUAUUUCACCCGUCGGCUGCUGCAGCUCGCACAUCAUGGUUGUGUUAACGUACGUGGUGAACCUGCUGCUUUUCAUCGUGUGUUUAACUAAGAGUAAGACUGCUCAGGGGGCAAUGACCAACACUCAAAGGGGUGACUUUCAGUAUUUACCAUUAGUUGUAAAUACUUGGCCGUUCACGAAUGCUACUUCUGCUGGCUGGAGUAGUAUCACAUCUGGAGGGUCCUCCCUGGAUGCAGUGGAGUUAGGAUGCUCUACCUGUGAGCAAGAACAGUGUGACGGCAGUGUUGGCUUUGGAAACCACCCAGAUGAAACUGGUGAGACAACCCUUGAUGCAAUGAUCAUGGAUGGUGUUACCCAUGAUGUCGGCUCAGUGGGAUGUCUGCGCAGAGUGAAGAGUGCAAUGUCAGUGGCUAGAGCUGUCAUGAAUUACACCAAACAUACCCUGCUGGUUGGUGAAUUAGCUACUCAAUUUGCUGUAGAAAUGGGCUUCAAAGAAGAGAGUCUGUCCACCAAUACCUCAAUUGAUGAAUGGAGGCGAUGGAAAGAUCACAACUGUCAACCUAAUUUUCGACAGAAUGUAAAACCAGACCCUACUAAAUCCUGUGGACCAUACCACCCAUUUAAUUCAAGUUCAUGUCAUCGACCACGCUACAAUGAAGAAGUAACCAGAGGCAAUCAUGACACAAUCGGAAUGAUAGUCGUUGAUAAAAAUGGCAACAUUGCUGGUGGUACAACUACAAAUGGGGCUAAUCAUAAAGUACCAGGUCGUGUCGGUGAUUCACCAAUUGUUGGUGCAGGGUGCUAUGUUGAUAACAAUAUAGGUGGAGCAGUUGCUACUGGGGAUGGUGAUGUCAUGAUGAGAUUCCUUCCAAGUUUGCGGACUGUGGAGAAUAUGAAGCAAGGGAUGAGUCCAAGUAGUGCCUGUGAAGCAGCUUUGCAGCCCAUCAUCAAAUAUUAUCCUGAUUUUAGCGGAGCUGUUGUUGCAGCUAGUAAGCAAGGAAUUCACGGUGCAGCAUGCUAUGGCUUUGAUACUUUUCAUUAUUCAGCGUACUUCACUGGACUGAAAUCCCCCAAGAUUGAAGCAAUCCCCUGUAUGCAAAAGACUAAGUAAUUGAAAAUAAAAGUUUAUCUCAUUUGAUUUAACAUGUACAAGUUGUUUUUUCAGAUAAAAGGAAGUAGUCCUUUUUCAUGUAUGUUUACUAUUGAUUUUGUUGCAGUCAUGAUCUGUGUUUCCACCAGUUCCUAUUUCUGUCCCGGAUUUGUGAUAUUGCCUCACCUGUUGCAUUCCAACUGAUACUGUAAAUGAAAUGAGCCUGUCAAAUUGUUUAAGUACUUUCUCUGUACACAGCUCAUCACCAUGUCCACUGAUCAUUGGCUUGAUAAACUUCUAGUUUUGAUGAAGUAUCGGAAAUUAUGGAACUUCUCUGUUUGCUCAUGUAUGAGUGAUACUUAUUUUAAUGAUCACUUUAUUGUCCUUUUUUUUACACAACAACAUGGAUUAUGUGACUCUUUUGCCAAUGCUUUUUUGAUUAAUAGUAAAUUAAUUUUGGAUUUUGCCCUGCCUGAUGUGUAUUUAAUGCUAUAUACUCAGUGCCUGCCCCCUAAGGCUUGUGAAAAAACCACAAGUGUACUCGGGUGGGACUCGAACCUUAAACCUCCUGCUUACUAAUGCACACAUCUU